AGGCUUGUCCAAACCUACUCAUGUUUAUAUUGGAGCCUGUGAGUGACAUCAGAGCAGGGAGAGUAUAAACACCAGCAGGACCUACUCUGGGCUUUAAAACCUGCGAACUCUGCCUCCAAACUGCCUGGGGGGUGAUGUGCUGAAGUGGCACAGGGGAGAGCAGCAUGAGGCUCCAGCUGGAGAAGCAGCUCCUCUUCCUCUCCCUGCUCUGCAUUCUCUCCAAGGUUUGUGCCCAGCUGUGCCGGAGACCGUGCUACUGCCCCUGGGUGCCACCCCGCUGCCCCCGCGGGUCCCCCCUGGUCCUGGAUGGGUGUGGCUGCUGCAAGAUCUGUGCUCGGCGCCUGGGAGAGCCCUGUGACUUCCUGCACGUCUGUGACCAGAGCCAGGGCCUCAUCUGCGACUACAGCUCAGCAUCUGCAGGGACAGCAGGCAUCUGCAACUUUGAAGACGAUGAGGAGGGCUGCGAGGUGAACGGCCGGGUCUAUCGAGACGGGGAGGUUUUCCAGCCCAGCUGCAAAAUCCAGUGCCAGUGCUUGGACGGCGGCUUCAACUGCAUCCCGCUGUGCCAGGAGGAUGUGCGGCUGCCCAGCCCGGACUGCCCCUACCCCCGCCGCGUGGAGAUCCCAGGGAAGUGCUGCCCGCAGUGGGUUUGUGACACCCAGGACCAGCACCUCCCCCGGGAUGCCAGGGCAGUGUCCCCAGUGCUGCGGUUCCCCUGCCCGGAGUGGGGCACGGCGUGGAGCGCCUGCUCGGCCACCUGCGGGCUGGGCUUUGCCACCCGCGUGUCCAACCAGAACCGCCAGUGCCGGCUGGAGACCCAGAGGCGGCUGUGCAUGGACAGACCCUGCCCGGCCCUGCCCGCAGCGUUCCUGGUGAGGGGAAGAGGAGGUCGUUUGUAGCUGUGCCCACCCCGGAUUCACCCUGGAGCCAACGCCUCAUCCCGGCAAAGAGUCUGGCACAAACCCAUGGCACUGUGGUUACAGUGAAGAUGGAGGGUGUUUCCACUGGGAAAACAGAGAAGAAAUGAUGGACUUUGGCUGCAAAGGAGGCUGGAAUCAGAGAACAAGAUCCCCAUGUCACCCAUCACCUGCCUCCUCUGUACACCCCGCUGCCCCAGGCAGGGUUACUGGGCAGCAUUCCCAGUUCCUUAGGCUGAAUGAAAUGGGAAAUGGGGAAAUCCUGCUCCAAGCAUAAACCCACCCAAGAAACCAGGAAUUGGUCCUUUCCUGGACCAGUGGGCCUUCUGAAGAGGUGAUGCUGCUUCUCCAACACAUCACCCAGCUCUGCUUUGCAGGGACUUCAAGAGAGACCAUCUCCAGCACCUGGAAGCCAAAAUACCUGGAGGGAACCCACAUGCCCUGGCCCCCCAGGGAGGGAGCAGGUCAUCAAACUGCACCCCACAAGUCUCUGCCACACCAGGCUGAGCUGCUCAACCAUGCAGGAGCUCAGCCAGCCCAUGGUACCCACCCUGCCUUCCCGGGCAUGGUCCUCCUGAUGGCAGCUGUAACUCACCUUCCCCUCAUCCCUCCAGAAUAAACACGAGCCUUCCCGCUCUGCUGGCCUCCUCCUCUCCAAAGCGCUGGUGGUUUGGCAGGGCUUCGGCAAGAGAGGAGCUCAGACAGCGGAGACUCCGCUCACAGCACCAGACAUACCGCCUGCCAUCCAAGCACAUUCCCCCGAGCCGGGCCGAGGAAAAGCAGGAAAAAGGGAAAACAAAUCGCAAAGAUGAGUCGGAGCCGUCUCCCGACGGUUGGAGCUGCUCCAGCCUUGCGGGAGUCGGGGCAGGAGAGCUGCUCGGCUGCUCUGGCUGUGCUUUUCUCACAGUAAAACAAAGUGCUUCUGGGGGAUGGAAAGUGGAACCCAAAUGCCCUCUGAUGGCCUGGCACACACGGGCAGAGGGAAUGCGCCUUCCACCGCGGGAAGGGCAGCUGGAAGGAGCAGAGGUCUGGGUGUCCAGGUGAGAGAUGGACUUUUUAGAUGUGUAUUUCUGGAAGGAAGAAUAAAGAUGUGCUCAUC